AUGAUCCGAAAAUUAGUGCUUUGGAGCUGGAUUUUGUUGUACUUGGUGGUGGAGAGCAGACCAACCGGCAAUGAGAUUGAUGCCAGUUUUGGAAGUAGAAUUGAGACAGAAAGCACUCAGGACAAGGAUGAAAAUGGCUUGCAUCUAGGGAAUGCGAAAUGUAAGUGGAAAAUUUUGAAGAUUGCACUGUGCGAAGAAACUUUUGGAUUGCACUGUGCGAAGAAUUUUGAGGAUUGCACUGUGCGAAAAAUUUUUCGAAUUGCACUGCGCGAAGGUCUUUGCGGAUUGCACUGUGCAAAGAAUUUUUCGAAUUGCACUGUGCGAAAAUUUCUGCGAAUUGCACUGUGCGAAGGACGGAAAAAGUUUUAUUUUUUUCGCACGGUGCAAUAAAAAAAAUGAAAAGUUGUCGCGGUCGACAGUUUGGCGCACAGUGCAGUCACUCGCCUUUGCACCGUGCGAGAAAAUUUUUAUUACACAAACCGCACAGUGCAAUGAAGAAAUUUUAUAUUUUUAUGCACUGUGCGAAAAAAAUAUUAUAUAUAGAAAAUCGCACAGUGCGGCAAGAAUUGGACUGCACAGUGCGUUUAAAAAAAAUUUUUUUCAGGCAAUGCGCAUGAAUGCACGUACAAUUGCCGGAAAGAGCAUAAUGAUGAUCGGAUGUUCAGUUGUAACCGGGAUUGCAAGUGUGUUUUCCAGUUCUAUCAUGAUUAG